ACCGCCUUUCAGUUUAGUGCCCUGAGAGUUGUCAAGGGUUUUGGUUGUGGAGUAUCCGAGAGGGGAGCAAGGGCGGCUACGCUUCUACAAUGCCGAAUAAAACGAAAAAAGACAAGGAGUCAUCUAAGUCUGGUAAAGUGGGAAAGAGUGGAGGACAAGAUAAUUCAGAGCAUGAGCAGAGCUCUAACAGGAAGGCUAGCAAUAAUGUUCCUCCCACCACUCAGCUGCUAAAGGGGAAGCAGCCAGGUUCCCAGACACCUGUCAAAAAGGACAAGAGACAAAGCUCCUCCCGUUUCAGCUUGAGCAACAACAGGGAGCUGCAGAAACUGCCUGCAUUCAAAGACGUUCCCCCUGCAGAGCAGGAGAAGCUGUUCAUUCAGAAGUUGCGGCAGUGUUGCGUCCUCUUUGAUUUUGUCUCCGACCCACUGAGUGACCUGAAAUGGAAGGAGGUGAAACGGGCGGCAAUAAGCGAGAUGGUGGAGUACAUCACCCACAACAGGAAUGUCAUCACCGAACCCAUCUACCCAGAGGUGGUUCACAUGUUUUCUGUGAAUAUGUUCAGGACGUUGCCGCCAUCAUCCAACCCCACGGGUGCUGAGUUUGACCCAGAGGAAGAUGAGCCCACGCUAGAGGCUGCAUGGCCACAUCUACAGCUUGUCUAUGAAUUCCUCCUACGGUUCUUAGAGUCACCUGACUUUCAACCAAACAUAGCCAAAAAGUAUAUUGACCAGAAGUUUGUAAUGCAGCUCUUAGACCUGUUUGACAGUGAAGACCCCAGGGAAAGAGAUUUUCUAAAGACAACUCUUCAUCGCAUUUAUGGCAAGUUCCUGGGCCUGCGAGCGUACAUUAGGAAACACAUUAAUAAUAUAUUUUAUAGGUUCAUUUAUGAGACUGAACAUCAUAAUGGAAUAGCAGAAUUACUGGAAAUAUUAGGCAGCAUAAUCAAUGGCUUUGCAUUACCAUUGAAAGAAGAGCACAAAAUAUUCCUGCUGAAAGUUCUGCUGCCUUUACACAAAGUCAAGUCUCUUAGUGUAUAUCACCCACAGCUGGCCUACUGUGUGGUACAGUUCUUAGAGAAGGAUAGCACCCUCACAGAACCGACGGUAAUGGCUUUGUUAAAGUAUUGGCCAAAGACCCACAGUCCAAAAGAGGUGAUGUUCCUGAAUGAACUGGAGGAGAUCCUGGACGUCAUUGAGCCUUCAGAGUUCGUCAAAGUCAUGGAGCCCCUCUUCAGACAGUUGGCCAAGUGUGUGUCCAGCCCACACUUUCAGGUGGCAGAACGAGCCCUGUACUACUGGAACAAUGAGUACAUCAUGAGCCUAAUAAGUGACAACGCCGCCAAGAUCCUGCCCAUCAUGUUCCCAUCCCUGUACCGCAACUCUAAGACCCACUGGAACAAGACAAUCCAUGGGUUGAUCUACAAUGCUCUGAAACUCUUCAUGGAGAUGAACCAGAAGCUGUUUGAUGACUGCACCCAGCAGUUCAGGGCAGAGAAAAGCAAAGAGAAAGCCAAGUGGAAAGAGAGAGAAGACGCGUGGCUGAAGAUUGAGAAUCUUGCAAAGUCAAACCCACAGUUUCUGAUAUACGUUGACUCGAUAGGCUCAGGUAGUCCAAUGGACAUGGAGACAGACGGGCCGCUACUAGACGACGUCAACAUGCUAAAGAAAGCUAUGACGGAGGAAGCCACACAGGUCCUAAAAGAUCAGCGUAGAGAGCGCCCAUUGAUGAGGAGGAAAUCCGAACUCCCCAGGGACAUCUGCACUGUCACAGCCUUGGAGUUGCACCGGAGGGCCGAGGAAAUGCUGACAACGCACGACGGCCACUAGGAGUCCACCCGAGAGCCAUCCUAAACCAGCAGCAGCAGCUGCAUCCACAGGGGAACCACAGGCCCACCGAGGCCAGCACAACAGCAGAACUCUGGUAUCCCAGCCCAGCCCAGCAAAGAACUGAACAGUCCCAGCUCCACGGGAUGCAGGGAAUGUCUAAAGCCGCACUCCUAAGCCUUGUACGGCUUUUCUGGCCCCCACCUACCUUCCGCUUUUCUCCACUUGGUUUUUGUCCUGGUUGCUGGACGCCAGAAACGACGGGACCAUGAAAUGCACCAUGGCCCCGAACUUCACCCAAGAUACUGUAGUGACGUUAUCUCUUUUCCCUCUCUGUUUUUUUCUCCUGUCCUCUCGUUGUUUUUUCAGGGUGCUGUGCUGCCCCCUUCUGGUCAUUUCUCUCAGGUGUUCUGUUCUGUGUGUGAGCCGUCUUCUCUUCUGGCCUCUUCUUUAUAGAUGUCAGGUGCUUGUACAAAUAUUAGCCUUUCAGUUAGAUUUUUAAAA